AUGUUUGAAAUUAAGAAGAUCUGUUGCAUUGGUGCGGGCUAUGUUGGAGGACCCACGUGUAGCGUCAUUGCUCAUAUGUGCCCUGAAAUCAGAGUAACAGUUGUUGAUGUUAAUGAAUCAAGAAUCAAUGCAUGGAACUCUCCUGCACUUCCUAUUUAUGAGGUGAACACUCCAACAAAAACCUAUGGAAUGGGGAAAGGCCGGGCUGCAGAUCUGAAGUACAUUGAAGCUUGUGCCAGACGCAUUGUGCAAAACUCACAUGGGUACAAAAUUGUGACUGAGAAAAGCACAGUUCCAGUGCGGGCAGCAGAAAGUAUUCGUCGCAUAUUUGACGCGAACACAAAACCCAACUUGAACUUACAGGUGCUGUCUAACCCUGAAUUCUUGGCAGAGGGGACAGCAAUCAAGGACCUGAAGAACCCGGACAGAGUACUGAUUGGAGGGGAUGAGACCCCCGAAGGCCAGAGUGCUGUGCAGGCACUGUGUGCUGUGUAUGAACACUGGGUUCCCAGAGAAAAGAUCCUCACCACCAAUACUUGGUCUUCAGAGCUUUCCAAACUGGCAGCAAAUGCUUUUCUUGCCCAGAGAAUCAGCAGCAUUAACUCUAUAAGUGCCCUUUGUGAAGCAACAGGAGCUGAUGUAGAAGAAGUAGCAACAGCCAUUGGAAUGGACCAGAGAAUUGGAAAUAAGUUUCUGAAAGCCAGUGUUGGUUUUGGUGGGAGCUGCUUUCAAAAAGAUGUUCUGAAUUUGGUUUAUCUCUGUGAGGCUCUAAAUUUGCCUGAAGUAGCUCGUUAUUGGCAGCAGGUCAUAGACAUGAAUGACUACCAGAGAAGGAGGUUUGCUUCCCGGAUUAUAGAUAGUCUGUUUAAUACCGUGACUGAUAAGAAGAUAGCUAUUUUGGGGUUUGCAUUCAAAAAGGACACUGGUGAUACGAGAGAAUCUUCUAGUAUAUAUAUCAGCAAAUAUCUGAUGGAUGAAGGUGCACACCUCCAUAUAUAUGACCCAAAAGUACCAAGGGAACAAAUCGUUGUGGAUCUUUCUCAUCCAGGAGUUUCAGAGGAUGACCAAGUGACCCGACUCGUGACCAUUUCCAAGGAUCCAUAUGAAGCAUGUGAUGGUGCCCAUGCCGUUGUUAUUUGUACUGAGUGGGACAUGUUUAAGGAAUUGGAUUAUGAACGCAUUCAUAAAAAAAUGCUGAAGCCAGCUUUUAUCUUCGAUGGACGACGUGUCCUGGAUGGGCUUCACAAUGAACUACAAACUAUUGGCUUCCAGAUUGAAACAAUUGGCAAAAAGGUGUCUUCCAAGAGAAUUCCAUAUGCCCCUUCUGGUGAAAUUCCAAAGUUUAGUCUUCAGGAUCCACCUAACAAGAAACCCAGAGUCUAGGCAUUGCUAUUUUUCAUUGUGUUUAUUUUUGUAGUUCAGGAUGGCAGAUAACUAGCUAUCUGAAGUUAAAUGGUAAAUGAACCAAGUGUUUUU